GAACGACGUUUCGUGUGCGUUAGAAAAAUCAAUUAAUUAUCAAACAUUUUUUCCAUGUGAAAACUUCGCAACGGGCACAAGAACACAAGGCGCAGAAAUACAAGACCAAAAUAAAGUUGUAAGCAGUGCAGUGCGAAACAUACAGAAAGAAAGAAAGAUAAAACGCAAAUGCAAUGUGCUAAUUAAACGGAUAAGGAAACACAAAUAGGUCUAAAAAGAAUAUAAUAAUAAAAUAUGCAAAUCUGUUGAGCAUAAGGCAACAUUAAUAAACGAGAGCCAGUUGAACUACUCCAAACAUCCCCCCUCCCACAAACAACAACAGCCAAGUGACGUUAACUUGCAAAAAAAAAAAAAAACCAAAUGACUAUGACUUCAACCGUGUUGCAGCGUCCAACAGCAACAACAAAAACGACAACAGUUGAAAAACAAGCUACGAAAGCAACAAGAACAACAACAACAAGCAGAAUGGCCUGGUCGCAUGAGAAAUUGCGUUUCUCAUGCAUCGACAACAUUGGCCUGAAGCAGCUAUGGAAACUGAUUGCAUUGGAUACGGCAACUUCAGCAAACAGCAACAGCAACAACAACAAGUCUUCCAAUGUGGAGCAGCCGAAAACCAACAGCAGCGACAGCAACACCAACAGCAACAACAAUAAUAACAACAAUACUGAGGGCCUAGCGAUACCCUACGAUAACUGCGACAACUUGGCCGCCUAUUUGAACCUGCAAAGGGUCGAGCAGGCGCGAAUGCAGGAGCCGUCAAUGCCGACGACACAGCAGCGAAUGUCGCUGCUCAAGUUCUUAGCCAUUAAUGCUCUGGAACUGAGUGCACCUGCCACACCGUUGCUGUUGCAGCAACAACAACAACAGACGCAAUCUAAGCCAAACGGCUGGAUGCAGCUCUCCGGGCAUCCCGAAAGUAUUGUGCCAACCACAGCGGGCAUUGUGCGUAAGCGCAUUGUUGGCAUCGAGGACAGCGAGGUGCUUGCCUAUCGUCAGAUCUCGCAGGAGCCAAAGACCUCGCAGAUUGUGCCCGCCUUUUAUGGACUGCGCGAGAUGCACUCACAGCAUUUUAUUGAGUUGCAGGAUCUGUUGUCCGGCUUCAAGGAUCCCUGUGUGAUGGACAUCAAACUCGGCAGUCGCACAUUUCUUGAGUCCGAGGUCAGCAACCAGACGCUGCGUCCCGAUCUCUAUCAGAAGAUGAUUGCCGUGGAUGCCAGCGCACCGACGCAGGCGGAACACGAGGCACAAGCGAUUACCAAGUUGCGUUAUAUGCUCUUCCGUGAAUCGUUGUCCUCGUCGCAGAGCAAAGGAUUCCGCAUUGAGGCCCUGCGUCUGCGUGGCCGUCCGCCACUCAAGGAUCUUAAGACUUGCCGCAGCAGUGAGCAAAUCUCUCAGACCAUCGAACAGUUCCUCGCCGCACGCCGGUCCGUGCAGAAGGAGCUGCUCAAGCGGCUCAAGCAGAUGCGUCUGGUGAUUGAGCAGUCGCCAUUCUUCAAUCGCCACGAGAUUAUCGGCUCGAGCAUGUUCAUUGUCUAUGAUGAUCAGCGCGUGGGCGCCUGGCUAAUAGAUUUUGCCAAAUCGCGCCAACUGCCGCCACAACUGAGCAUCAAUCAUCGCAGUCCCUGGACACCCGGCAAUCGGGAGGAGGGUCUGCUCCAUGGUAUGGAUGAGCUAAUUCAUGCUUUCGAGGAGGUCUACGCCCGCAGUGGCAGUCAUCGCGGCUGCCUCAAGAUCUAAGCUGGACGCUCCAACUUUUGCCCCGCCCACCUAUAUAGGCAUAUAAGACUGAUUUGCACCACGUCCCAUUUAAUUGAGAAUUGAAAUUCAUCAUCCACACCAUGCGGCGCUUUGACUAUAUUCCAUAUUGGAAGCAACCACCAAGCGCCAGACCUGGACUUGUAGAUAAUACAUCUACACUUAUAUAUAUAAAUAUAUAUAUAUAUAUUCAGAUAUAUAUAUUUAUAUAAAGAACGAUUAGUAUUGAGCACCAAGCAGCAUUUGUUUGAUUGAAAACAGGUUUAACUUGAAUAAGUAUUAAGUUUAAGAAAAAAUAAUCAACAAAAUUACACAUUGUGCAUUUUUGGACGCAAGUAAUAA